GUCCUUGGCGGCAAAUGUGAAAGUUAUCCAUUUCCGGGACUUAGUUUGUACGAGGUGAAGUUUCUCUUACUUUAUUAUCAAAUAAAGAGCUUUUAAUCUUUAGUCCUCUUCACAGACGCACCGAAUAGUCAAAAACAUGUCUUCACAACCCAAGAGAAUGAAGCAAACCGAAAUAAGGACUUCCCUAAGCCAUGUGGGUAACAGUACUGCCAGAGCCCCUGAAGCUGAAGACGCGUCACAGGCUAGUGACACUGCUGAGGAGAGGAUGGAUAAAGUGCCUAAGAAAGAGGUUUCAAAUGAAGUCUCUAAAGACCAGCAGCAGGACAAGGAAGAGAAAUCAUUCAAGUAUCGUUUAAACUCUGAAAAAUAUUCAGUACAUUGUGAUCCAUCCAUGACUGUAUUAGAUGCUCUUAAUACAAGUCAUGUUUUCAAAAAAGAAAAAGAAAAGACAAAGAACAAAGACAAGCAAGUACUUAUUCUAACAUCAAAACAACAAAUGCCUACAGCUGCUCUGAAGAUGGAUUUCCCCUGCUGUCUCAUUGACAACGAUGUGAUUAUAGACGUAGACUUCAUUAAAAAUGAUAGAAGUGAUUCUAUGAAACAAAAUAAGAACCUGCCACUGCCCAGCAACCCUGACAUGUUUGUCAUCUUCUAUAUAAAAAAAAAAGGAGGAGACAAAAUACAAUUGCUACUUAAGAGCGAAGCACUGAGAAAGAGAGUAGAAUAUGUUUGUGUAUAUGCACUCAAAGAAGACACAUUGAAAAUUGCUCUCAAGCGUGACGGCCGAUUCAAAAAGAUCAUGUUCCAGAAACACUGUGCGCUCUAUGAGUCUGGUACAGAGAGCAGUCAUGAGAUGUCACAGCCUGUGAAACAUCUCGACCAAAAGAUUUUUAACGUAAUUGUGCUCAGUAACACCAAACAGCCUGAUAGUCUAGAGGAUUGGACUCUUCCAGUCAAGACUGAACCUGAUGUAGCUUCAGAUGUUGAUGUGGCAGAUGAUGCUGACACCAGACAGACACCUGUGAACACUGAGCACGAAACAAAACACAAGAAAAACCCCAAUAACUCCACAAGACCAUCAGCUAGACGGUCUGCACCUAAAGAAAUUCCGCAUUCUGGAGAGAUUCGGAAACUUCUGCUUGAUCAGUUUACAGGUUUACUACAGCAGCUAAAGCAGAGAGAGAACCUCAGAGACAACGCUCAGGUCAAGAAGUUCUUCAGAGAAGAAUAUGAUAAAAGUGUUGAGAGUUUCUCAGAAGUGAAGAAAGUGAGAGAGAUCAUGAGACUCUGUGACUCUGUGUGUCAGAUCAGACGUCAGGGGUCUUCCAGAGGAACUGGAUUCUUGCUCUUCAACGGAUUUAUUCUCACUAAUGCACAUGUGAUUGAGAAAUGUAACGCUUCAGAUAUCACAGCUGUGUUUGGUUAUGAAGACCUGGACCAGAACACCAAGCGUGUACCAAUAAAAGACAUCACAUGUUUCUUUUAUGGCAAAGAUGACGAGGAUAACCAUCUCGACUAUGCUCUUCUUGAAUUUAAUUCUGACGAUGACAUGGCUAAGUAUCCUCAAUUGCUCGAUCAUUACAGACAGGACACACCUGAUAACAGAAGUGAGAUCUGCAUUGUGGGCCAUCCAGAAGGUCAGGUGAAGAAAAUGGACCCGUGUUUUGUCAUUGGUGGAGACAAUCGAUCUGAGGCUGCAGAUGAACACGUAUCUAAAAAUAUCAGUUUCUAUCAUGUUAUGACACAAGAGUCCUUGAAGCAAAAAUGGGAUUUUCGUAAGAACCAGAUCACUUAUGACUCUUGUUUUUUUCAUGGAUCUUCUGGCUCUCCAGUCUUUGAUGCAGAUUGCAAACUGAUCGGUAUUCAUACCGGUGGAUAUGUGUACCAUGAAAAUAAAACUAAAAGUGUCAUGGAAUACGCAUAUGCCAUGCAGCCAAUCUUAGACAACAUCAAAGCAAAAUGUCGAGUUAAAGGCAGAACAGACAUUGUAAAUAUCUUUGAAGAUAAAAUCAGAGGUGAUGCUCCGUAAUAUUAGAUUAGAUUAGAUUCAACUUUAUUGUCAUUACACAUAUACAAGUACAGUGUAACGAAAUGUAGUUUAGGUCUAACCAGAAGUGCAAUUAGCAAGUGCAGGAUAUUCAUACAAAUCAAAUAUAUUAAACACGCUCUCUUUUUAAAAACAUAAACAUGUUUCAAGGAAAAGUAUAUAUGUCAUCAAGCAUGUGUGUAUAUUGUAGACAAGUGUUUUAUAUCAGGGAUCAUGCCCAAAGAGCAGAGCCGUGAACACUUUUGUUUCCAGAGAAGCACACUUAUGCAUUAAUCACUAUUUUGUUCCAUUUAUUAUGUGUAUUUUAUUUACAUUACAUUAAUUCAAACUCGUGUAUUCAAAUAUCCAUAUAGACAUCUGUAUUCAUAUAUUUUUAUUCUUUCUUAUAGAUACUUUAUAUACUUAUUCACAAUUAUUUUACCAUGAUUUCAUCCUCAUCGAACAGUUGACUUUGAUUUAUUUUUUACAGUAAGCAUUUCAUUAUCUUAAUCUGUUUGGAAAUGUGAUGUUAAUAAAGGGAAAUUCCCAAACUA